AUGAAUGGCCCGAUCGAGAAUAAGUUUCGUUUGGAAACUCCAAAUCAACAUACGCAAUUAAAGCCGCCGUCGUCGUUGACUGAGUUUGCCGACAGUGGUGUGAUCAGUCGUAACACACCAAUAUCGUCGAUUGACGAAAAAAACUCAAAUCACAGUCAUGACAAUAGCGAUGAUCAAUCGAUCACUACCGAAGUCCAAUAUUUGUCAAACAUUCGCAAACCGAAACUUCAAUAUAAGAAAUGGGCUGAAAAUAUGCAAUAUUCUAACUGCUUAGUGACCUAUCUUGAUCAUCCAUCAGCGAUUUUCAUACAAUUAAUUCAGGACGCGGAAAGAUUUCAACUAAUGCAUCAAGAUAUGAAUCGUCAUUACAUGGAUAAUUUGAAUAUGUUCUCAAAUAUCUCCAUUCAUGCUUUCAACAUUGGUGAUUUUUGUGUAGCAUAUUCAACUCGAUAUUUCGAAUUUUUUCGCGCACGAAUUUUGAAUAUUGAUCAAACGAAGAAACAAUAUUUGAUAAUCUAUGUCGAUUUUGGUAAUUCCGAGUGGGUGCAUUCCAAAGGUAUUCGUCCUCUUCAUCCUCAAUUUGCCGAAUUAGAAGUUCAAGGGACUCCUGUAACUCUUUCUCAUACUCUUCCAAAGAAAGAUCUGAAAACCGGGACAAUUGAAUGGGAUACAAGUGCUGGUAGACAAUGCACAAGAAAAUUACGGCGAUUACUGAUUAAGCCUCACGGCGAGCCGUUCUUAUUCGUAAUUGUUAGAUUUUUAUCAAAUGAACGUUGGUGGCCAUUACCUUUUGUUGACAUUAAAGUCGACGAAUUGAUUCGAGAUCUAGCUGAAAUAUUACAUCGUGAUGGUUUGGCACGUUUAACACGUAAUAAUAAAGAUUUGAGGAUGAUCUAUCCGAAUUUUGGUAACUACCAGAAUGAACAUUUGAUCUUUGGUUCACUAUCCUCGGAACGAUUGGAAAAUCGUUAUCGAUGA